GCCUUGUACCUCCAGUGGGGUCGGUGCUGGUGUGAUUUUUGGUGUUGAGUCCAGAACCAUUGCCGGACAUAGGCCUGGAGGAUGAGCGGAUGAUGCUGACUGGAUCUGGGGAUCCCAAAAAGGAAGAAGAGGAAGAGGAGGAAUUAGUGGACCCCCUAACAACAGUGAGAGAGCAAUGUGAGCACCUGGAGAAAUGUGCAAAGGCCCGGGAACGUUUAGAGGCUUGUGAUGCACGUGUAUCCUCUCGAUCACAGACAGAAGAGGACUGCACGGAGGAGCUCUUUGACUUCUUGCAUGCAAGGGACCACUUGUGGUUCUGA